GGCUGGGGUGCCGCCAAGUCAAGUUUUGUCAACAAGAAGCCAAAACAUCUGGCUAACACAGGUGAGACUGGGCCAAAGACAUCUGUAGCAUACAUGUGAGACUGGGCCAAAACAUGUGUAUCAUACAGGUGAGACUGGGCCAAAACAUCUGUAUCAUACAGGUGAUACUGGGCCAAAACAUCUGUAUUAUGCAGGUGAGACUGAGCCAAAACAUCUGUGUCAUACAGGUGAGGCUAAGCAAAAACAUAUGUAUCAUACAGGUGAGACUGGUCCAAAACAUCUGUGUCAUGCAUGUGAGACUGAGCCAAAACAUCUGGCUAACACAGGUGAGACUGGGCCAAAACAUCUGUGUCAUACAGGUGAGGCUAAGCAAAAACAUCUGUAUCAUACAGGUGAGACUGGGCCAAAACAUCUGUAUUAUGCAGGUGAGACUGAGCCAAAACAUCUGGCUAACACAGGUGAGACUUGCCAAAACAUCUGUAUCAUACAGGUGAGACUGAGCCAAAACAUCUGUAUCAUGCAGAUGAGACUGCGCCAAAACAUCUGGCUAACACAGGUGAGACCGGGCAAAAACAACUGCAUCAUACAUGUGAGACUGCGGACUUCCAUCUUAUGGACAUGGGAGAAAGCAGAAGAUGUUUCCAUAUUUUAAAUUUGUUGUGCUAUAUUUUUUGUUUCGAUUGGGGAUGUGAAUUCACAAGAUCCUUAUUGUCGUUUUGAUGACAUGACAUCGUUAAGGAAUAGAAUAACUGUAAUAACAAAUGAAAGUACCCGGAGAGUUUCAAAGGAUCUUUGUAACAUCAGGCGCGUCAUAGCUUUAUACAGAUAUCCAUAACAGGAUAUAUCUCUAGCAACAUAUGCAUUGGUUUAAUUUUUGUUAUAUGAGGUUAUCUAUACCAAUGUGAUUUUUUAUAUUGGUGUUCUUUCGUUUGUUAUGUUGUGGCUGCUGUUUUUUUUUUUUUUAAUUUUAUGUAUUUUCUUUUAAAGGAAAUGUUUUAAAUCUAUAAACUUGACCCUCUUUAUUUCCUUCCAUCCCAGCUUUGAGUUCACCGCAAGCGCUAAUUAUUUCAUUCUAUCACAGCUUUGAGGUCACCGCAAGCGCUCAUUCUUUCAUUUCAUCACAGCUUUGAGUUGACCGCAAGCGCUAAUUCUUUCAUUCCAUCGAGUUCACCGCAAGCGCUCAUUCUUUCAUUUCAUCACAGCUUUGAGUUGACCGCAAGCGCUAAUUCUUUCAUUCCAUCGAGUUCACCGCAAGCGCUCAUUCUUUCAUUGCAUCACAUCUUUGAGUUUACUGCAAGCGCUCAUUCUUUCAUUCCAUCCCAGCUUUGAGUUUACUGCAAGCGCUCAUUCUUUCAUUCCAUCCCAGCUUUGAGUUUACUGCAAGCGCUCAUUCUCUCAUUCCAUCCCAGCUUUGAGUUUACUGCAAGCUGUCCGCUCUUCACAAGGCACCCAGGGCAAAAACAAAGUGUUCCCCAGUGACAACGGAAGAAAGGCUCCUGUCAACGGCCCACCUCCCGUAGCCAAGAAACCAGCGCAUCCUUUGUUGGCAAAACUCCGGGCUGCCAAACAAACGCCAAAUAUUCCAGUGGCUGUGAUUCAGGGGAAGCAAUCAAUCAAAGCCAACGGCGCGGCCACCAGAGAAAGGCAAGUCUAACAUCAAGUGCUAAAUUAUAUAAACCGGGGUAUUGUAUAUUUAGUUCCUUGUAUGAUUAUGAUGGUACUAAUAAGAGUGAUAUUGACUUUUUCUCAGGAACAAGAACGCUUCCCAGACUGCUUUUAGAGCAGCCAUUUUGGAUUUUAGUCGGAAAGCGGCCAGAGAGCAGAG